AUGGUCACCACCCCUCCGCAUGCUUCGCUUAACGUCGAUUUUCAAGGAAGCAAGGGCUCCCGGCUGUCGUACGCUUCGCUUUCCGGCGAAGGGCAGCAGUCCGACCUUUCCCUGGCCUCUCCCAAGGUGGCCAAGGGCAUUCUGCUCUCCAUCCGCGUGGUGAACCCCGACGAGAGCACGGGCCAGCCCACGUACGCGGCCCAAGUGCCCAUCCACUUCUCCGGAGGACGCGUCACCACGGGGCCCGUCGUGUACGGCCGCGAGCAGCCAUGCCCCGAGGACCACGUGCACGGAAGCAGGCAGCUGCAGAGCAUCGUGGGUGGCUACUCCGGGCGCGGGUCGAGGGGUAGCCCCGCCUACUCUCCAGCCCACUACCAGAAUGCGCUGUCGGACACCAAAAGCUACAGCGUCAGCCAGCAGAUCCAGGUUGGCGUACCGAGCACUGCCAAGACGUACCAGUACCACGGCCAGUCUUAUGCCGUUCCCGUGAGUGCCGUUCCAGCCACAGCCUCCCAGGAGGAUACCAAGUCGUACGUUGCAUACGCCGGUCAGUCGGCGGGCGGUGCCCACUACCAGCAAAGCUACCAGGUCGCCCAGGCUCCGUCGGCCGCCUACCAGAACGGCGCUGUCGGUGACGGAAAAGGAUAUCCAGGAGCCGCUUACGCGCACGGAGGACACGCUUACCAGGUCGUCGCUCAAGGAGGUGACGGCCAAGAGCACGUCUAUGUGACGGCCCAUCCCGGCGCGCACGGCGGUGCCACGGCCGUCGCGCAGAAGAGCUACACGCCGUACGCAGUCCAGGACACGUACAGCGUCGAGGCGACGCCGGCCAAGUCGUACAGUGGUGAAACGGGAGCUUCGGGCAAUGCCAUCAACGGGCAACAGGCGUCGUACGAGGUGACCGACGGGGGCCACGGCAAAGGGGGAUAUGGAGCGGGUGGCCACACUGCGUACGCUGCUGCCCCUGGCUACGCCGGCGGACCGAGCUACGGUGGUGGUGGCCAAGGUGGAGCCAGCUACGCUGCCCUAGUAGGCCGGGGAUACUCAGCUGCUGGGGGACCUAGUUACGGCAGUUCGGCUGGACCAAGUUACGGAGGAGCGGCCGGGUCGGCCGCAGCCUUCAAGGCAGCCGCCGCGGCGAAAGCAUACGGAAGCUACGGAGGAAGCGCAAGAGGGGGAGGAGAGGAGCAGACCAUCAUCGUGGCCUCGGACGGGCCUGCCGGUGGAGAUGGCAAGGCGUACGGGUCGUACCAGGGAGCGGCGGGACCGUCCUACCAAGUCACCAGUGUGGCGGCUCAGUCGUAUAAGUCCGGACAACAGCCGCAGCAGCAGCAGUACGCCGGGCCUCAUCAGCAGGCGUUUAGCCGAUACCCCGACACCGGGUCCGGGUCGUAUUACUCUGGAGCUUCGUUCGCGGAAGCCAACAGGCUCGCUCUGCAGAAGUACAAUGCCCUCAUGAGCCGAGCAGCUUCCAUAGUUGGUGGCCCGCAAAAUCUCAAGGCAGUUGCGGCGCGGAUACAACAUCCCCUGGAACUGAUGGACCAAAGUAUGAAAACGUGGAAAAAUGAAAACUAAUAUGGGGUGACCAGGCGCUGCCUCGACUUGCCACGCCGCUACAUCUGUUGACUAAAAAAAAAAAGACGACAAACCUGCUACUUGUUUAAAAGUGGCCGUGGUGGUUGCCGGGAAACCCUUGUACAGUAUUUUUUUUUUGUAAUAUAGUGCGUUAUUUAGUACCUGUGCUGUUCAUUUUUUCGCCUGUGUUACCAUGUGUCGCCAUGUACAUUGUCAAUGUCAUUAAUAAAACGAAAAAUGGUGAAACA